AUGGACUCUGGUACAGGCCCCGUGCGCCGAGGCCCCGAGUACCAAACAGGGACCCAGUGGACAGGACUGAGACGGCUUUUACCUGCAGUUGCCGACGCCAGGUCCAUUGCAGGAACAGCCAGAACCUCUUAUGAACCUGUAGCCAAACCUCCUCGGAGUCAAGUUCCAGCGGCUUGUCUGGAAUGCAGGAAGAAGAAGGUCAAGUGCUCCGGACUCCGACCAAAAUGCUACCGCUGUUCUCAAACCAACAUCGAGUGCAUAUGGGACACGGAACCCGACACGACGCGAAUCGUCUCGAUACGCAAGCGCAAGGAAGAACUCGAACGCGAAAACGAGGACCUGCACGAGCUCCUACGCUUCCUCUACUUGCGACCGGACGAGGAAGCCAGGGAGAUCUUUAGGAGACUUCGAAUGUCGGGUAAUGCGCUGGAGGUCCUUAACGCCGUGCGGACUGCCGAUUUGCUUCUACAGAGACGACAAGUGGGCGAGGGCGCUGACCUGAUCACUAGUUUCUUCUUGUUGGAUGCGACUUUCUUUCUCGCAUUCGUGGAACAAGAAGCAUUCCUCGAGGAUAUGCGAUCAUGUUCACCGAAGACAGCUAGAUACUGCUCUCCAGUCCUCGUAAAUGCGAUAUGCGCCUUGAGAAGCCAUUCUUCGAAACGAGCAAAAGAAUUCGGACUCCAAAUCGGACGCGACAUGCAAUCCCUCUUUUUCGACGAAGCCCAAAGACAUCUACAUCUUGAAGCUGGAAGGACAUCCUUAGCCACCGCGCAAGCCCUGCUGCUUAUGCACCUAUCGUCAGCGGCUAUGGGAGCAGAUCGUGCUUCGAGAAUGCAUCAGCUCUGCGCAGGAGACAUGUUUAACAACCUUCUGGCGGUCGAGGUAGACGUGAAAGUAGAGAUAAGAGAUCGAAAGAUCAUGUCGAAGGCCUUGUGGGGGAUGUACUGCUUUGAAAGCAUGUUCGCCUUUGCCUACCUUCGUCCAUCCCUUCUACCAAAACCCCCGAUCCAGCAAGAAACUCUCGACGAAACCUCCGAAAACGAGCUAGAAUCGGCAGAUAAUGGCCAUCGAGACGUCAGACUCCGGACUGCGACAUGCGAUUUGUCCGUGAUCUUUAAUAAUGUAAUGGAGUACAACGCCUAUGUAAUGAACACAGGUUCCAAGGAGGAUAUUCAGAAGCGGAUGGAGCUCUUCGGGAACUUGCGACUGUGGCGCGAAUCGGUGUCCCGAAAGAUACGACUAGAUGAAGACUAUUCUUCUUCAGCUUCUUAUUUAAGAGCCUACGAAGACCAAGUGGUUUUCGCAAUUCUGCGGCCUCUCAAGCCGGAACUGCAUCUCCCAAACGAUGGGUAUGUCGUCGAACACCUGUUGGCGCACUGUGAGAGGGGCAUCAGGGACAUCGAAGAAAAACAACGCGCAUUCUCCAAGAGAGACAGCUCGAGUAUCAUCGUCCACAUCUUAUUCAAUGCCUCUGUUACUUUGGUUAUGUUGCUCAAUCACCCAAAAGCCCACGAUGCGUUUGCGCGGACUUGCCGAUUGAUACGGGAUCGUGUAGAGGAAAUUCCAUUCACAUGGUUCUUGCUACAUGGGUUAUUGGCGAUGGCGUCGGACAAGGGGGUUCAAAUACCGGAGGUGGCGAAAUCGUCAUUUGAGGGGCUACAGCUAGACGAGAGCAUGUUGGAGGAUGUGCCAAUCAGCUUCAUGGUGCCGUCGUUUGGGGAUUUGGGCCUCGUGGGGGGCCGUAGCGGCGUUGGGGUUGAGCUGGGCAACUUGAUUCUGAAAUCAUCGUGUCGGGAACCAUCAAGAACUCAUACAUGA